UUUAGUGUGCCACGAAAAUACCAUAGUCUAUGGUCCGUAAGAUUUAGCUGAUAUUCAAUCUCCCCCUCUCUCUCCAAGUGAACAGAGAACAAAGAUGCAGAUUUUUGUGAAGACUCUAACUGGGAAGACGAUUACUCUCGAAGUCGAGAGUAGCGACACCAUCGACAAUGUUAAGGCCAAGAUUCAGGACAAGGAAGGAAUUCCUCCUGACCAGCAGAGAUUGAUUUUUGCUGGUAAACAAUUGGAAGAUGGGCGAACUCUUGCAGAUUACAAUAUCCAGAAAGAGUCAACACUUCACCUGGUUUUGAGGCUCAGGGGGGGAACUAUGAUCAAGGUGAAGACUCUCACUGGAAAAGAAAUUGAAAUUGACAUUGAACCAACUGACACCAUUGAUCGGAUUAAAGAACGGGUUGAGGAGAAAGAAGGAAUUCCUCCAGUGCAGCAGAGGCUCAUAUAUGCUGGCAAACAGCUUGCAGAUGACAAAACAGCUAAAGAUUAUAAUAUUGAGGGUGGUUCUGUACUUCAUCUUGUUCUUGCACUGAGGGGUGGUGGUCUUUAAUCAAUUCUCUUGAUGUUAGGAGAAUGUGCUUCUUCAGCUUCUAUUGCAGUCUACUAAUAUGAGAGGAAUGAUCAAGUUUGCUGUACUGUUUGAAAACAUUUGGAAACUUGUUUUAGUCACUUGCUCUAGACAGUUUGCUGUUCAUUUUCUACCUUUGCUGCUGUGGAUUGUUCUUAUGCAGAUUCAAUUAGCUUUUUAUAGAUCCAACUGUUUGAGUAUCUUUAUACAAUGUAAAGCAUGAGCGGAAGAGAAUAACAAAUGUAAAUUGCAGCACAGUACAGCAUGGCACCCUGUACCAUAUGUGGUUACCCAUAUUUGGGUUGGGGCAAAUAAAAUGCUUCUGGAAGCAACUUUUUUAUAAUUA